UUGAUUCUUUUGUGACGCACUUCAUUGGCAUGUUCAUCAUGUCUGGUUGAAAUUUGUUAAAUGAUUUGUCUGUCGUUGUUGUUUUUUUUUCAGCUGCAGUGCUCUGAAACCUAGAAGAAACAUCACAAGCACUGGGGCUCUGUGCCAUCAAAUCUGAACUCACUCACCAAAACUGGCACCAAGGUGGAAUAGUGAGUCAGAAGAUCUGCUUCGGUGUUUCUGGGCAGAAGAGUGAAUCCCCGCCAGCUCCAGAGGUCCUGCUUUUUUAGCUGUAAACAAGUAUAUACAAUGAAGAAAGGAAUCGUCUUCGCCUCCAAGCAUGGGAACAGAGGAACCAAGAAGCAAGCCAAGCCAAAGAGCUCAACCCUGAGAAUGUGCCACUCUUUGGGGAACCAUACAAGACAAACAUAGGGGAUGAGCUUUCCACUCGAAUCCAGAGGAUGCUGGGCAGUUAUGAAGAUGUGAAUAAUCCACAUCCCUUUGCCAUUGAGCCUUUACCCAUUCCUACUUAUGCAACCUCCUCACAGUCAGAUCAGGGUCAGCCAAACAGAGAUAAACCAACCAAACCUCCAUUCCAUAACCAGGUCCAUUACAUGUCCACCCAGAGUCAGAAAGCCCCCUCUAGUAAUGGUUACUCCUCUCAGCCCAUGAGGACGUCCGCUGCCGCUUCUUCUCCUAACCACCAUGGACAUUCAUCCACUUUCUCAAACGCGUCGCUGAACCACAGUCAGCUCAGCCUCUCGGCACAUCAACAAAAGAAGAGUGAAGCCCACUCAGAUCUCAGGGAGCGUGUCAGCCUUCCCCACGAAAUGUCUUCUCGGUCUCCUGAUGCUAAGCCACCACCCUUUCCACAUUCCAGUGACCAUGAUGACAAUGACACGGACACUAAGGACGCCUUUGAUAGACAUCAACUUCAAGUGUCCACAGAUCUGCCCUCUGAGUCUGCCAGCACCAUGGAUGUUUCCUCACUUAACCUAAAACAGUCUCCCAAAGAUGUAUCUCGGCCUCAAGCCAACAAGGGUAACGCCCUACCUUCCCAGACCUUCCCUUCACUCCUAUCGUCUAAGCAGCCCGGUGUAGUCAUGACCCACAAGCCAACAGCAUAUGUGCGGCCCAUGGAUGGUCAGGACCAGGUGGUCAGCGAGUCUCCUGAGCUGAAACCUUCACCAGAGCCAUAUGUACCUCUACCGGAGUUAAUCAACAAAUCUGACCUGGGCAAAACGAAGAUGCUGCCACAAUUUUUGGAGACAAGGUCAAAUGAAGUUCAGUGUGUCGAGGACAUCUUGAGGGAAAUGACCCACUCAUGGCCCCCUCUCCUGACAGCUAUACACACACCUAGCACAGAUGAACCCUCCAAGUCCCCGUUCCCAGCCAAGGAAACAGAGCAUGUCUCUUCAUGUCCAGGAAAAAGAAACUAUGAGUCUUCUCCUGCAGAUCCAUCCCAGCUCAUCCAGCAGAGCUCCUCAUCUUCAUUUGAAGCAGCACAUUCCAGAGGGGUAGAGUCCGCCAGCUCCAGCGACUCAGAGAGUAGCUCGAGAUCUGAGUCGGACAGUGAAGGCACCAUUGAAGAUCCACCUCAACUCCCUUUAAGCAACUCCGUUAAAACCGAGCCUGAUGCUCCAGCAGUGGCCCAUGGUGAUUGGCAGUUGGGGAACUGGAUCAGGUCCAGCCAGCAAAACUCCGGCACUGAAAGUCAAAGCGGUGCACAUGCCUCUGAGAGCCCUGCUCACAAACAGCAACCACCCACUCAAAGCUCCAAGCACUCACUCAGUGUCGAGGUGGUCGACCCCACCAGGGAGUCCAAACCUCAGCUUUCAUCUCACCACAAAGAGUUCACUGAUAGGCUUGCAAAGCCCCAGCAGCACAGUGAAAGCCCUCAGGACAACUAUAACAAUCAAAGUAGCCAAAAAUCUCCCUCUGCUGAUUUGAGCAGCUGUAGCAGUUCCAGGAAACUUUCAUGCAACACUCACUCCUCAAAACCAGCGAAGGCAGGUUGCCCAGAUCGCACUGAAGCAGCUAUCAGCGUGAAGUGUGAGGAAGUUGUCACCACGCAAGGCAAAGAUCCCUGUUUCACAGAUAGACCCAAGGUAAAGACGAAAACAGGACAUAGCAAGAAAAGCAAGGACAACAUUGACACUAAAAGAGACAGUAAGAGGACUUCUAAAUGCACGUCACUUGACAAGCGGAAGGCUGGAUCACAGCCUGCAGUCAAAGUGGUCCUGUGUGGUCAUUGUCCAUCAUGUGGUGUGCAAUAUCCUAACCCCUGCUCCUGCCCCACCCAAUGUCCUGCUCAGCCUGACCAGCUGUCUCCUGCCCCGCCACUCAGAAUCAGUUGUAGCAAACCAAAGUCAGAGACCAUCUGCCAGAAGGGCACCAAGAAUCCUCACAAAACAACCCACAAGAACUCAAAGAAGACUGAGCAGAUAGCCAAGAGUUCUCGGGAUCCUUGCAGGCCUCCUAGGUCCCUGCUGGUAAAGAUUGAUCUAAGUCUACUCUCAAGAGUUCCCCGGACCUCCAGAAACCACCAGGAGAUUCCCAGCAAUGCAAAGAGAUCAGCACUAGUCAUAGAGAAAGACGGAGGGGGCAGUGAUGCUUCUACAACACACAAACUCACCAAAACCAGCAAAAAGAGUAUAUCUCAAAAUGUUGAGGUAGAUAAUACAACACUUCCCAGGAAGAAACAGAGGCUGGAAAACAAGAAUACCUCAUCAACUCAUGCUUCUGUCAAACUGGAACGUUCCAGCAAUCCAAAAGAGGACAGAGAGCGAAAGAAGGCAAAGAAAAACCCUGUUCCUCUGCAGCCGCCUCUGACACCCAAAGACGCUGCUAAAGGCCCAAAGGUGCACAAACGCAGUUCUGGGGAGACCCAGGAGACCAGUAAGGAGGCUGCGAAGAGCAAAAAAGAUGCACGCAAGCAAAAGAAGAGCAGUGGAAAGUACACAGAACACCCACCCUUUGAAAAGCAGAAGUCCCCAAAGAGCAGCCUUGCCGUCCCGUCAUCUUCACAGCCCACCAGGGAAGCUUUGAGCAACAGGCCCUUGUUCAGAUUAGAGGACAGGCAGUAUCCAGUGAAGCAUUAUAUAAAGGAGGCCAAAAAGCUGAAGCACAAAGCAGACGCAGAGUCAGAUAAGCUCAGUAAAGCUUUCAACUACUUGGAUGCGGCCAUGUAUUUUGUUGAAAGUGGCAUUGCCAUGGAAAAAGAUCCACACAUUUCAAUGUCUUCCUACACAAUGUUUGCAGAGACAGUGGAACUGCUCAAGUUUGUACUGAAACUUAAAAACUCAGUGGACGCCUCUUCUACACCCUCAGAAAAGGACUUUAUAGCUUUAUGUUUGAAGUGCCAGUCUCUCCUGCAGAUGGCCAUGUUUCGCCACAAACACAAAACUGCACUCAAGUAUUCAAAGACUCUCACCGAUCACUUCAGUAACUCAACAACUCACGAGCCCUCUGUAGUAACAUCAAAAGUCACAGACACCCCGUCCUACAUGCCCAACAUGCCGUCUCCAGCCAACACGUCCACCAGCUCAGGUCCCGGCUCCAACCACAGUGGCAGCGGGUUGGUUGUGGACCCUGUCGGCAGCACUGUAGCCGUUCCCCAGGCUAUUGGACAAGUGGCAUUCAACUACAUCAACAUCACUAUGUUAUUCUUGAGCGCUCAUGAAAUCUGGGAGCAAGCAGAGGAGCUGGCACAAAAAGGCAGUGGUAUGCUGACAGAGCUGGACACAGUUAUGGGCCCAUUGAGCGCAAUGUCAAGUAUGAGCUCUAUGGUCCGUUAUACGAGACAAGGCGUCCACUGGCUGAGGCUGGACAGCCAAAAGGUAAAGUGAGCAACGGCCUGCUCCGGUCACAGAACACCUCGGAGCUGCCUCGCUCUACCUUUACUUCGCCUCAGUGUGUUUAACUCUGAUACCGACCUGGACUGUCCCUCAGGCUUGUGCCAGUUUUCUUUUCCUUCACACGGACAUAAACUCAUCUCAACGAAAAGGUAGACAAAGAUGUCAUCUCACGUGAUGUGCGUUCUUCAGGAUGCCAACACUGAUCAUUGCACUUGUUUAUUGUUUUCUCACAUGUCCACUUGGGUGUCUUUUCUCUUUCUCUCUGGCACUUUUAUGAACAUGGGUUUCAUCUGCUGUAAUCCACAUAUAUCAUGUCUUGUAUCUACGUUGUACCUUCCUGUUCCUCUUUCAUCAGUUAAUGUGUCGUAAUCAUUUGUGAAUCGCAGCUCUUUAUUCAGGUGCGACAUCAACCAAAUUUGGAUGGAAGCACAUCAAAUAUAACCAAAAGUGCCAUUUGGUGGCUCUAUAAUUCUCCGCAGCCUUAUUUGCAUGGUUGUGGUGCAAAUCCUGACACAGAUCUUAUUUAUUAUGUCACCUUUUUGUUAUUAAUGUUACUAUAAGGCACUUAAAUAAUUGUUUAAAUGUAUCAUGAUUUUUAUUUAAUUUAAUUUUCUGAAAGAUCGGUUUGAUUUGGCUUUAGGGAUUUUUGUAUUUUUUAAAUUCUGCAUUUUAUUUCUCCCAUGAAUCAGCGAGGAUUUAUGAAGUCACUUCUUAUAACAUUUGUACUGGUAACACGGUCUAAUCUGGACUAUGUUGGAAGAAGAUAGAAGAAGAAAUAUGGGGAAAUUGUUUUGCAAAAGCACCAGAUAAUAUUAAAUCAUUUUCAGUUUUUCAAAUGAGUGUUGCUCUGGUCAGAUUGAAACAUUAUUCUUGUGCAAUAAUAAUUGCCAUACAACACAAAAGUGCCAUUCUGUUAAUUAGACGUUUGUCCUCUCAGGACAUGUAGAUUGAAUUAUGUACAGAAUGAGUGUUGCCUAUAACAAAGAUAAAUCUGGACAUGAAUAAUGAGAUACGGAGGCAAAGAGGGAAAGGUUAUAUGAUUGCAGGGGAGACUUUACCUGUAAGGUUCAGUCUUUGAUGAAUGUAGAAAUCAGUGUGUGUCAGGUGUUACCGUAGAAUCGGUGGAAUUUUAGGGCAUAACUAGUAAAGGUCUGUCGGGUGUUUCUGAUGGUUUUGUUGAUAUGAUGGUAGAUGGCUGCAGCUCAGGAGCAGGGGAGGUUUGGCCGUUGUCUUUCUCUGUAGUGACUAGUUUCAGACCAAAGCAGAAUCCAUUUUAUUCUCGUCAUCCUGUUAAAAAAAAAAUUUGCCCUCCUUCUAAUGGAAGUUAUAUAAGCAUCGAAGUACAGUAAACAUCUUAACUACUUGCAAGAACAAAAGAAGGGGGAUCAUUUUACAUCCCCGGCUUUCCAUAGGUAUAGUGGUGGGUGUAGUGGUUGACCGUGUUUGUCAGUUUGAGUUACCUUUCAAGUAUAGUGGGACUCCCACAGUCGUUCAACAGAUAUGAAACUACAGUAGUGUUCCCUUUAUUUGUUUUUGCACCAGGAAUUGGCUUUCCUCUGUUUCCCACACUUUUGUUGAGUAGCAAAUGUUGAGUUCCAAUAUGUUUACUAAAUCUGUGGGAGUAGAAGAAAAGGCCAAACUAUAGCUUACUAAAAAAAAAAAUGCACUUUGUUGAGUAUUUGUAGUUAAUUGUAGAGUGUUAUUGGACAAAAGAACACCGCGUUCCUUUACUCUUGUUUAAUGUAACUUUGAUUCGAAGCAAUAAAGCAUGUUGGUUACAUUUUUUUUUUAGUGAGGUGUUGACGCAGUUAUCACAAGUUCACGUGGGAUACAAAAAUAAUCAGUAUGAAAUCGGGAUGUGGGAAAAGAAACAUUGCUUUAGAUUAGCGCAUUCAGAUAGAACGUUUCUUGAAAUGAGCACCAUUGGGUUUUCAAAUGUUUCGCUUGUCAAUUCAGUUGGUGUGUCUGUGUGUGUGUGUGCAAUUACACGAUAAAAGGGCUAAACGAGGAUCACAAAGUGUUCCUGACUUUAUUUUCUCACAUAAAUGAUAAAGUGAUAUUUUUUUAAGUAAGGACGAGUACACUGGUGCCACGGCAUUUGGGAUUAUUUUUAUGUACCGAUCAUCAGCAGGCUGCUAUAAAAAUCAUCUUUAGAGUUUCUUGUGAUGUCUACACUGCACACAAGGUCAUUUUGACAUUCAUAAAUAGCGCAACUUCAACUGUUUUCUUGUCUUUUCCAACCUGUGGCUUUAGUUCUAUCAUCAUGGAUUGUUGGUGCUUCAUUUAUGAAUUACUCUGCAACGAGUUUACACUUCUUGUCCAAAUAAUUAUUUACUGGAGAAAUGUUCAGAAACAUUUUUGAAGGAUGCUUUUUUUCCUUUUGUGAAAUAUGUAAAGAAUUUGUGUUGCAGUGUACAGAGAUGAAUAAACACUGGAAAAAAAUGUA